UAAACAUUGGAAUUAGUGUUGUGUCGUUCGUGAACGAACGAACUAAAUUGAACUAUUCACCAAACUGAACGAACGAACUAUGUCUGCCUUUAUAGUUCAAUAUAGUUCGAUAGUUCAAUUUAGUUCACUUAGUUCAAUAUAGUUCACUUAGUUCACGUCGUUCAUUUUGAUCUCUUACCCUGAUCGUUCGUUCGUUGUUCACUUAGUUCGAUAGGUCGGUCUGAGUUCACUUAGUUCGAUAGGUCGGUCUGAGUUCACUUAGUUCGAUAGGUUGGUCUUAGUUCAUUUAGUUCGAAAGUUCGCUUAUCGAAUAAGCUGAUUAAUUUUCGCAUACAUUUAAAACUACGGUUUACAAGUUUGUGCGUAUCUAUGGCUUCAAAACGAAAGCAUAGCAAAGUUUGGAAUUUCUUUGAUUCAGUGGAUGAGAAGAGUGCUAAAUGCAAAUACUGCAAAACUGUGCUUAGUGUGGCUGGUGGAUCGCAAGGAAACUUAUCGCGUCACCUUAAAAAUAAGCACCCAGCAGCUUUGGAGGAAACAAAGCGCCAAACCAAUGAAAGCCGACAGGAAGCAAAUACUCCUCAGAUAAUUGGACCCCAACAGCAAGUAAUAACUUCGUUCAUUCAACGACCACCGGCUGCCGGGAAAGCUGAGAAAAUUGAUAGGCAACUAGUUCGUAUGAUUUCAAAAGGUCAUCAUGCAUUGCGAAUGGUAGAAGAGCCUGAUUUCAAGCAGCUCAUAGAUGAUGUGUCUAAUUGCCCCGGAUACAAGAUGCCCACUCGAAAAACGCUGUCCAACGUGCUUCUUCCAAAGCUUCGGGACGAAAUUGUUGGUAGCGUCAAAGAAAAAAUGGAGCUGGCAUCUGCAGUUUGUUUGACAACGGAUUGUUGGACCUCUCUUGCAAAUGAAAGUUAUAUUGCUGUUACAGCUCAUUUUAUUGAGAGUGAGGCAACUGUUAUGAGCUCACAUAUGAUUGCAUGCGAGGCAUUCGUUGAGCAGCACAGUGGUCAAAAUCUGUGCGCAUUUUUACAAAAAAUAGCAGAAAGAUGGAGUAUAGAGAACAAAAUAUCUGCUGUGGUUUCCGAUAAUGCUGCAAAUAUUGUCAAUGCCAUUAAAACAGGAAAUUGGCCACAUAUACCAUGUUUUGCACAUAGCUUGAACCUAAUUGUGCAAAAAGGACUCCGCAAAAUCAGCGUUGUACAAAACAAAGUCAAACUCAUUGUGGAGUUUUUCAAUCGUAGCACUUUCGGCCUUAAGAAGCUGAAGUCACCUCAAACCCAAUUGAACUUGCCCGAUCUCAAAUUGAUUCAAGAUGUGUCAACUCGUUGGAAUUCAACUUUUAAAAUGCUAGAAAGGCUUGUUGUGUUGAAAGAUGCUCUUAUAUUAACACUUUCUACUCUGCGUUCUGAAUUAAACUUAUCUCAGAAUGAGUGGGCGAUAGUAGAAGAGUUACUGCCUAUAUUAAAACCAUUCAUGGAGGUAACAGAAGAAAUAUCAGCAGAAAAGAAUGUAACCCUUUCAAAGGUUAUAGUUCUUGCGAUUUUGCUACAGAACUGUUUGAAUAACAAAACGCCUAAGGAUAAAUGUGUUGCUGCACUUGUUGCAGUUCUAAAAGCUGAGAUGAAUCGACGAUUUUGCAAGCUGGAAAGUAACGAACUCUACGCAGAGAGUAACAUUUUAGAUCCUCGAUUUAAAGGUCGUUGGUUCAAGUCAAAAGAAGAAUACGAAAAAGCUGUUUGUAAUCUUAAAAGGAAAGUAACUCCAAUUCGUCUCAACAGCGAAAAUUAUGAAUUCGAAUCACCUGCGUUUGAAACUAAUUCAGCCAAUCAGAGUUCGGUUUGGUGUGAUUUUGACAGUGAGUUCAAGAACACGACAAAGGCUGCAAACACUACCGGUUCUGCCGAGAAAGAGAUGGAAAAAUACCUCGAAGAGGAAUUUAUACUGAGGACUGCUGACCCUUUGGUUUGGUGGGAACAAAGAAAGAAAUUGUAUCCGCAUCUAUAUUCUUACAGCCUUAAGCGACUAUGCCUUAUGGCUACAUCAGUUCCUUGCGAACGCCUAUUUUCAAGUGCUGGGGAAAUCAUCCGAAAAAGACGGAUGCUACUAAAACCUAAUAAAGUGGAAAAUCUAAUGUUCCUUCAUAGCAACAUGUAGAUGGAUCACAGAAAUCAAAUAAAUGCAUUAAAAUUACUAUAUUAUUAUUAUGUAUAAGUGUUUUUGACAUAAAUUGAAUAAAUAAUAUUAAUUUUCAAUGACAGCAUUGUAUGAAAUAAA